ACGCUUGCCGUGGUGCAGACGGCGACGGGAUCGGGCAAGAUCCGCGACUUGUUCGCGGAGAAACCGCUGAGUGAACAGGCGGCGCUGAUGGAGCAGACCGCGAAGGACAACCCCAUCGUGGCGCUGGCCAAGAGGCUGAUGGACGAGCACACCACCAAGCUGGACAAGCACCACCACGCCCGAUGACGGUCGGCAAAGCCGAACGACUCGGAACGAUUUCGGCCGCCGAUGGCAUGCAGAUGCGGGUGAGAGCACUGCAGGCUGGUACGCCUCGCACUGUAGACGCAGUCAGUCUUGCAUGGCGUCACACUGUCAAACCGACAGAGGAGAACGGUUCGGGAAGGCCACAUGUGCCACCUUGUUCUCGCCUGACGUCCACACGUCUUUGGAUUCCAACAGCUUGACAGACAAAAGCGACGGCAAACUCCGUCAAACGAUCUUUGAUUCCCUGCUUCUCAUUCCCGACUCCGACAUUCGUCGGGCCGUGUCGACCCGGGCCCAUGCUACUGGACUCCUCGACGAGCCACGUUGGAGGCGAAUUGGACGCCGAUUCUCGAACGGUGUUCUUUCAUCCCAGAAGCCCAUCAAGGCCAGAAUCACGCCACAACUGACGACAUCGGAAGUCGGGGCAGUCGGCGAUUCGCCAUUCAACUGUCUGUUCCUCCCCGGGUCCCCGAGCCUUACCUUUCUUUGGAGCCGGAACCAACUGCAAUUCCGUCAGUCAAUAUGGCAGAGGCCAACAAAACAGCCGAUUCAGAAUCCCAGCCCGCUGUCCGCCGCAAUGGACCUACCACAACACUACUUGAUUGAAUACCACCCACCAUCAGCCCAAACUAGGCAUCCUGCAUUGCUGAACGCCACGAACGGCAAUUCGACUUACUAUAGCGCAACGUCGCGGCAUAUUGAUCGGACCAUCAAAUGACCAGGGACAUCUUAUCGUGAAACGAACUUGGCAUCACAUGCAAUGCAAUGUCCAUUUCAGUUCACUAGUUCGGCCUUCCCCUGGACCAUUUUGCUUUCGUGCGGCACCAUUAAUGGGGUGAUGUCUGGAAUCAGUGCCAACGUGCAUGCUGCAUUGCGACCUUGUGGCUGAACACGCUGCAGCAUCAAUCAGGUACCAAGUACGG